AUCGUCGUCGCGGCCGCACGCGCACGACGCGCCAUGAAUCGUUCGUUGUUCGUAGUCUUCGCGCUCGCCGCCCUCACCGUCAUCAUCACCGCCGAUGACCCACCGCGACCCCGGCUCAUAGACUUUAACCCUUGGGCAUGGCUACCCUCAAAUCGAAACAGAUCACCCUCAAUUAUGGAUUAUUUCUUCCCCCCAUCCCGAACACCUAAACAGUCAAACCUUGACCCUCCCGCUGACCGUACACCCCCUGAGACUACAUCUCACACGAUCGAAAAUACUCCAGCACCGACCACACUCGAAGAACGCUCUACCACUUACGCGAAAAAAAUAUCCACUAAAACAAAAUCAACCGCACCCGUGACAAACCCGACCGCUACCACGCCGCCCAAAACGAAAAAAUCCACCCGUAAGCCUAUCACGGUUACAACGACCGAGAUAAAAACUACGCAAACUAAAACCGAGGCUCCCGCGUCGACUACGAAAGAUGCGACCGUGACUACGUACAAGCCGCCGACCAAACAUUACACGAUCCGCCCGGUUGUGCGAACUACGGAAACCCCUACGGUUCAAGAUACGGAAACUACGCUGAACAGUGACAGCACGGAGACUGUGUCUGAUUUUGAAACUGCUGGAACAACGGUCGACGGGCCGAAAGAUACAGCUCCAACGCUGAGCACGGCUGAAGAGUCCCGGUCUACGGACGCUGGUACCGCGAGUACAGCUACCGUGGAGUCCACCACACCGACGGACAGCACGGAGCCAGCAGACAGCCGCGAGGGAUAUCUUCCACUCCGUGACAAACCUCAACAGACCCACGUUAAGAUCAACGAGCAGACCAAGAAAGAGACGGUGCCCCUACCCGCCGGGUCGACUUCGGUGUUAGCGAAGCCGACAAAGUACCACUACUAUCCACACAAUCAGCACAUCUAUUUAUUGCCUGAAUGCGCUAUUCAACAGGUAUGCAAUGCAGUGUACGUGCGUCUGAACUACACGCAGCCGCUGUGCGCGUGCCCUGCUCGGUACAGAGACCCGUGCUCCGCGAGUCUCAACGCCGACGACCUGCAUACUACGCGCCUCACCACCGACUCGAAAAAAAAGUUCGCUAGUAAAGCUGUUACACUAGUAAAGACGUGCGAGGCGGUGUCUGAGAUGAGAGAGUGCCGGGCGCCUAGAGACUGGUCACUACUAGCACUACAAAACAUUAGAACCGGCAAAUCACACUACUUGGUUAUCUGUCGGUGUCCCGAAGACCACAUAUUAGAAGGACCCAUGUCACAUGAUCAGCCAACGUAUGCGUCUGUACCAGGCAUCAGAGUGUAUGGAAUGAUGUGUGUGCGACCUACGACUGCUUACCAUUCUGCAUACCACAAGAACAGAUACACCGGCUUAACCGUUCAGAGUACCACGAGCGCCUACAAAGUGGACUAUUCGCAAUCACAUGGGUAUCCCGACAAGCCAGUGUACAACAGAUAUCACACACACAGCUAUACAGAACCUUACUAUAACCGGAGAUCUCGAGUCGCAAGGACUAGACGAUCGCCAUCAGAAUACCCCCCAUUCCCAUGGUACAAAGUUAUGGAACUAGCGAGGUCAUUACAUUGGAUCAACUAGAAACUAACCUCCUUUAAAUUUAGAAUGAAAAGAGUUUGUUGGCUUCAUAGAGGCUUUAUAUUAAUCGGUUCCGCCUCUUUGAAUUCAACUUAUACUUGAAACAUAUUUAAUUUCGAAACGCUUUUUCGCUUAUUUAUCCGAAUUUUAGUUAAUACUUGCUUACUAACUUUCCCAUUCUAAACGUGAUGGUUUAGUGUGGUGAAAUUUAAUUUUGGAUGCCUAUUGAAUACUCAGUACAACUGCAUUUACUAGGAUAAUGAACAAUAAUUUAAUUUAUUGAAUUAAAAUAGUGAAGCUGUUUUGUAAAUGGUGGGAAUGUUGUUAGCCAUUACUCGCUGCUAGGUACCUCAAAAUUUGGCUUUUUACACCAUAUAUUCCCAUAUUACGCACUCAAUUGCCAUGUUUAAUAUCAGAAUCAAUGUUUAAGUGAAUGUAAAUACAAAUUCUUUGGAGGAAAAGUGGUACGUUUGUGGAAAAAAUAUGCAGCAAAGCAGCGCGUCGGUACAUUUCAAUGAAUACCGUAAGCCCGAUCACCGUUAAUCAAUACUGGCUGGAUUAAAACGUCAUAGAACCCGAAUACCACUAAAAACUUAAAUUAGUUUUCACAAAAACAUUUUAGAACAAUUCCGUUUCACAAGUAAAUUAUUUGUAUUAUUUAUUUUAUGUAUCUAUUAACUUUCGGAGUAAUUUAACGUAUCUAAUAAAAUUGCCAGAAAUAGAAAUAACCAUGACUAUUAGUUUUUAAGAAUUGGAUUAUUAUAAUUUCAAAAUAAAAUAAUUAUUUUCUCCCCACCUGUAGACGGUGAUUACAUAAUAAAUUAUAA